UAAUCAUAGAAAACAGAAAAAUUCUCUUUUUAAACCCUAAACCAAAAUUUUUAUAACGAUCUUUCUUCGAAGAACUCGUUAAUCCAUAAUCCACAGAAAAUUGGAAAACGACAGUUCGAUUAACGAAAAAAUUUUUCUUCGAGGCUUCAACUUCGAACUCCUUCAAGUUCUCAGACCAUCGUUUGCCUCCCUUUUCUGUAAACUUCGUUCCAUGUUCAUAAUCACUAUCAAGCUUGUUACAUCUUUCGACAGAAUGCAGUUUCCACCAGUUAAUUUUCGUAUUCAUGAUGAUCGUCUCGGCCAAAGACGACGGCAUCUUUGUUCGCUGGUAAAUGCUGCUCUAAUCCAAGGACGAACUACUUCAACCUUUGAGUCUCUGUUGUCUCGAUCUGGCUUGAUGGCUUGAAGCUCUGGGGCAAAUCAUCUUUUGAGGAGUAUUUCGAUCUCAUCAUACGGUAUCGACUCUGUUACACCAUAGCUUGAUGCUUCUGAUAAUAUAUUAUGCACCCGAUGCGCUGAAAGUCGAUGAAUUAACAAAUCUGAAAAUUGAAUUUGGCAUUGAAUAUCUGAUGUGGUGAGAACUUUAGAACUGGAAUUAGUGCAGUAUCUUUGCAUGAUUAGUUAUGAUUCCUUUAUUUAGGUUAGACGUUAGCAGUUUUAGCACAUGAUUAGCGAGCAGACAUUUUCCUGAUUUUGCUGAAUGCUGAAUUUGGAAUUUUGUUUCCCUCUUUUAAUCAUGUUCUUGCUUUGCGUGGUUAUUGUGUAGAACGUAUAUAAAUUCUUCAAACAUGAUCCAUAUGAGGAGAUAACAGCUUCAAAGUCUUCCUUUGCCAUAAUGGGAAAUUAUCAAUAUUAAGAGGUUUCAUUCGAUCUGCCCUCCCUUCCUAAUCCUGGGGCGUAUUCUCUGUUUACUCUUAUUGUUCUGCAUUCUCCUCUAUAAAUGGUCUAAUCUGUCUGUUAGGCUCAGGUCACGUCAGUAUGCGGGUCAUGCUAGAUCCAAAUCUUUUUACUUGCACAAUAUUCAACUUAUUUAGAUUGAAACUUCUUUUUAUAAUGUGGAGCGGGCGUUUAGAUUUACUAGCAGAAGGACUCUUGGUAAUAGGGAAAUGGAGGGGACCGGUUACUUUUUAAUUCCUCUCAAGAGUUUUUGUUAGUUUGAUUUUUAUCUUUGAAAUAUAUAGUAUCCAAUUUUAAUCAACAAGCUGGUCCCCCCUGCCUAGAGUAUACAUUCAUUUCCUUUUCAUGAAAUUGUUAAAAACGUACAUACAGAUUACAGUUUUGGGAAUGAGAUGAAACGAAGAAGUGAGUUGUAUUGCUAGGACCCCUCAGAGUUUAUAUCAUCGUGGAUCUAAUAUUUGAAAAUUUUUCUCAAAUAGUUUCUAGUUUUUCAUCCUCCUUUUCCCUGAACUACUUUUUAAAUUUUGUGGAAGUUUUAUAUGAACAAGUAGAACCUUCUUAUUAAUCUUGCUUACACUAUCUGUGCAUGAUGUACAAGUGGAUAACAUUUGUUUAACUGUCCAGAGAUUCUAUCUUACCUUGCUGGAACUAACUUUUUGUAUAUUAUUGAGUUAGGAAUAAUGUUUGUUAUAAUAGUUUGUUUCUGCGAACUUACUAUACUUAAAAGAGUUAAUACGGCAUAUGAAUUUAAGAAAACCUCAUUCUGUGCAAGAUACACUUCUCCACCUCUUUCUAGUUUUAUUCAAAGCAUAUAGAUUCCGAUUUACCUAAUCAUCUUGCAACUUCAGUUUUUCUGCUAAAGGUGCUGGUCUUUACACUUGGAUUUAUUAGAUUUUUAUUUUCUUUCUUGUUUCUCCCAUAUUUCUUGAAUACGUUUAGAACCACGUGUCUCUCGAAUUUAGUUAAAUUUCUAAAGGAAAAAGGUUAUCUCAAAAUCUUUGUCUUUAUUUAAAUUAGAUCAAGUCAGCACCUAUCUCUACCUAUCUCUCUGUGUUGACCGCUCUUGAAAAAUUGGUAGCUUAUCGUUUGUUUGUUUGUUUUUUUUUAAUUUUCUAUUUUUACAUUUCUUUAUUGUUAACAACUUAAUGGUGCUCAACACCUAAGUAUGUUCCUUUAAAUUAGGCCAAGAUCAAUUCAGAGUUUAAGUCUUUGUUUAGCUUUUUAGUUCAUAUGUUGUAUUGGUGUAUGCUUUCAAUAUGAAAUUGGAAUUCACAAUGGUAAAAAUUUUAAUGUCUAUGUUUUCUAUGUGAAGUAAUAACAUCCUAUUUUCUAUUGACUUCACAGAAUAAUGCAGUACUUGUAUAGAGUGUUUCCUUUUUCCUGAUGACUAGAUUUGGAUUAAGUGGUUCACUGCACGAGAUAUGCUUGCCAUUUAGAAAGGCACUUUUAGUCCUUAGUGUACUUUGUACAUUUUUAGUUAGCUAGAUUGUUAAAUUCUUAAGAAUCUUGAAAUUUUACUUGUGAAAAAUAAAAUUAGAGGUUUUUAAAAACAAAGUAUGUGCUUGUUUUAUAAGUGAACUAGGAAAAAAAAACUCCCAUUGUCAUGAGUUUUCUAUGAGGAAGUGGUAGUCAAAUUGCAAAUUGAAGACUGAAAAAUAUAGAUCAUAUAAAGAACUAGCAAACAUAUUGUCAGCAUUUUUCUUGGGGGGGAGGGGGAGGGGGGCUGGUUCCUUGUGUCUCUUGUUUGACCUUAAUGGAAUAGACAAAAUAUCCUCUGGUGACCACCAUCAUGUUUAGUCAUUACAUUGAGGUAUGGAUCACGUGGUCUUGUCGCCGAAAAAUAUAUAUAAUUGUUUUCUUCAUCGUUGUUACGUCCAUGAAUUGCAAACAACCAUGGACGACUCCCGACCUCUAGCAGUUGAGAGCUUUUCCGCCAGUUGGCUGUCGAAUGUGAAGCAGUCCUAUGAUGCCACAUCCAAAAUGAUGGAUUACAAGAUCGUUAAGCCUUCAAGGUUUCUGGAUGAAACCCAGAACUUCAAAUUCAAUACUCCAAUCCAUCCAUCUGUUCUCAUAGCCCAUGCUGAUGAACUUUUCUUUGAUGGCUCUAUCAGACCUGUUUAUAUAAGUCACGCAACAUUGGAAGCCUCUGAUACAUCUGAUUUUGUUCCAGUCUUGCACAAUUCUUCACUUGCUUCUUUAAAUUUGAGUCCAGCCAUACAAAACCGAUCUUGUCAUUCUGGAAGAUGGAGAAGAUCCUUGUGUAUGUUACAGAAGUAUUUAGGAUGUCUCAGUCCCAUUUGUCAUAAAGGACACCCAGGCGAUAUUACCUGGGUUGAUGAUAUUAAACAUAAAUCCCGUGAUGUUAAGAGCCGGCACCAUUCCCCUCGAGUAUCUCCACAAAGAAACAGUAGUUCUUCAUCAGGUGAUUGGUGUCAUCUAGAGAGCUCAAUUUAUGAAGCAAUACUUCACUGCAAAAAGUCAAUAGGGGAAUGAUAUCCUGAACCAGAAGAAAAGGGCAAUGGAAAUUGGAAGGAUAAAAUACCAGACUUCUGGAAGGGUUCCCGCAUGGCAAUUUGUUCUUUGUCCUCUUUUUCUUUGGCAACAUCCCUUUUCACUUCAAUGUCUGAAGAGAGAUUAUAUUUUUUUGGUCCUGUGAGGAUGAAAGACAAGUAUUCGAUCUAAGAUGUGUUUCUUGAUGCUCUACUUGUUUGUUAUGCUGUAUACCGUAGAGGAGUGAGAGAAACGAGUCUUUAUUUAAGAAAAAACAGGGAAUUUGUUUUAUACAGAAUAGGUAUAAGAGGAAUGCCUGUACAUUCAGCAUUGUGCGUUUUCAAAUGUACACAUCCAACUUUUCUGAUUGUUAAGGAAAACUCUGUAUUUACUUCUUUUGAUUUGCGAUACAAUUCAAUGGACAUUCAGAUUGUUGUA